CGAAACGUAUAUUUGAUUAAAAAAAACGCACGUAGCAAAUUAUCCAUGACAUCUUUCGAUAACUAAAUUCGACAGUCAUUGGGCCCAGGUAUCCAUCUCUUCCCAUAUCCACCAGCAUCAGCAUGCGUCGAGACUUUACGUCUUGGCGACGUUUGACUUGAGAACAAACGCACGCAGUUGCAUUUAAAUACAUCGCCUCGCCGGUAGAUUUCUCGAAUGAACUGAGAGUAGUAAACAUUGACGUCUCUUGAAUUAAUAUAUUGGCAGCACCUACGCCAAACCAGGAAAAUGGCUGUGAACGUUUACUCAACCUCAGUGUGCAGUGACAACUUGAGUCGUCAUGACAUGCUUGCCUGGAUCAACGAAUCGUUACAGAUCAACCUUACUAAGAUCGAGCUGUUAUGUUCAGGUGCGGCCUACUGCCAGUUCAUGGACAUGCUCUUCCCCGGCUGUGUGCCUUUGAAGAAAGUCAAAUUUGCUGCAAAACUAGAGCACGAAUUCAUUCACAACUAUAAGAUAUUGCAAGCUGGCUUCAAAAGAAUGGGUGUCGAAAAAAUCAUCCCUGUUGACAAGUUGAUAAAAAGCAAGUUCCAGGACAACUUUGAGUUUGUGCAGUGGUUCAAGAAGUUCUUUGAUGCCAACUAUGAUGGGAAAGAGUACGAUCCUGUGGAGGCUCGCCAGGGCCAAGACUCCAUGUCCAACCCCGCCAUGUCGGCCCUCAACAAGCCCAAGAAAAUCCUCAACGCUGCAUCCCAGCGAGCAGCAGUUGCCAAGGUAGCACCAAAAAUGGCGUCCAGCUUGGCGCGGAGACCAGGGGCUGGCGGAGGUGACGAGGAGCGGGCAGAACUCAUUCAGGAGGUAAAUAUACUGAAGUCCACCAUCCAGGACAUGGAGAAGGAGAGGGACUUUUAUUUCGGCAAACUGAGGAACAUUGAGCUCAUCUGCCAAGAAAAGGAAGGAGAGGGUGAUCCCACACUGCAGAGGAUCGUGGAUAUACUCUACGCCACAGAUGAGGGCUUUGUCAUACCGGACGCUGAGUCAGAGGACCAGGAGGAAUUCUAACGUUCAAGACUGGAUCAUGCAGCUUUUAAUACAACCCCUCAACCCACCAAACCCCUUCAAUCAGCUACAACAUCUCUAUCCUCUCCCUAUGUACAACACCCACUCCAGAAAAUGUAUCAUGUUAUGCGUUCGUGAUCUCUGAGUGGACUGUAUAUCAAAUGUUUGUUUUCUGUAAAAUCAAGUUGAAAUAAGUAAGUGUGUGUGAAGUACCUAUUUUGAAAGCCCUUCUCUGGGUCAUCCCAUUGGCCCGUAUCAGCAUCAUGUUAGAAGGCAGCCAUUCUUUAAAAACAAUUUUUUAAAUUAAAUUUUACUCUUUUUUUUUUUUUUUUUCCCCAAUUUCCUGGUAUCCAAUUGUUGUAGUAGCUACUAUCUUGUGUCAUCGCUACAACUCCCGUACAGGCUCGGGAGAGACUAAGGUUGAAAGUCAUGCGUCCUCCGAUACACAACCCAACCAAGCCGCACUGCUUCUUAACACAGUGCGCAUCCAACCCGGAAGCCAGCCGCACCAAUGCGCCGGAGGAAACACCGUGCACCUGGCCACCUUGGCUAGCGCACACUGCGCCCAGCCCGCCACAAGAGUCGCUGGUGCGCGAUGAGACAAGGACACCCCUACCGACCAAGCCCUCCCUAACCCGGGCGACGCUAGGCCAAUUGUGCGUUGCCCCACGGACCUCCCGGUCGCGGCUGGUUACGACAGAGCCUGGGCGCAAACCCAGGGACUCUGAUGGCACAGCUGGCGCUGCAGUACAGCGCCCUUAAGCACUGCGCCACCCGGGAGGCCCUGAAGGCAGCCAUUUUGGCUCUAUUUGGGUCCAGAAGAGUGAACUGUCUGUAAGAUGUCACUUUUUUUGUUUGCUUGUCUUUCCCCUCAAUUUCUGUGUUUGUUCCAGGAAUUGGCGUUACAAGUUCAUUGGAACCUGCAGUCACUUUUGUACAUAGUAUUUUUCUUAUUUUACCUGUUUUCUAAAUUAUCACUGUCUUUGCCACGUGUAGCAAUUGUUUUCUGGGUCUGAGCAAAUUCACUUUAGUGAUCGUGGGACAUUUUUGCUUUACUAACCAACUGUUCAUAUCUCUCAAACCUAGUUGAGUUAUCUACUUUCAUUUGGUCUCCUCCUGUUUGGACAUUAUUUUUUUUAAACGUUUGCAAUCCUUUUUAUUCUAGGAAAGUGGCAUUUUUUUCCUCAAAGAUUCAGGUCAACGUCUCUUAGUGUGGCUGCAAUUCUCGGGACAGCUCAUAACAACCUGACGAUAUAGUUACGAAGAAACAUGUUAAACUACAAGUUUAUGGUGUAAUAUUUUGUGUGUUUUGUCUCUUGGAUGUUGGAAGGCAUGUGCACUGUGGAUGCCAGAAACUCUCUGGUCCCAAGCAUAUCCCAAAUUAUCCACUGUUUUUGUUUUUUUGUAAUUUCUCUUGUCUAAAAUUGUUCAGUUGGCAGGGGAUGAAGUUUUAACUUGAUUUAGCACCUCUAGUGUCUGCAUCUUCUUAGGGAAUGCAAAAGGGGACUGAUGUUUUUCUAUGUUAAUUUAUUUUUUUUAACUCCUUUCUUGCAUUUUAAUCUCUCAUGAUUAUGUAGCCACUGCACCAUUGACAGGUUCUAGGCCCAAAAUGCUGAUGCACAAAUAGAACUGUCAUUCUCUGCACUGGAAGAUCAGAGAUUUAAAAAAACAAUUAAAAUAAAAAAGUUUCGUGAAUUACAAACAUUUGCCAAAAAGAGAGUACAAAGUCACAUAUGUAGGUUAUGAAAGGUAUUUAACAAUAAAUACCUUUGCCUUAUUCUUAUAUACCUUUCAUAACCUACAUAUGUGACUUUGUACUCUCUUUUUGGCAAAUGUUUGUAAUUCAAUUUAAAGAAUUGUCAUUUCAGAUCUUGUUUUCUUUCUGCUGCUCUGAAUGGACGUCUAGAGAAUCUGGCAAAUAGAUUCAGUCUUCCAGUUAAUACAAUGCUCUUACAGGCCAAUUUACAUGUGGAUAUCAUUGAUGGUUAAUUUGAAGUGUUCUGAACUUAUUGGUGUACUUAAUCUAACGCGUGCCACCCAUCUGUUGGCUGAAAUGACCUAUCUGAUUAAUUAGAAGUACAUAACUGACAAGUCCAAAGUCUUGCCUCCUUACAAGGCCUGUUAAAUAAUGUAUAAUAAAUUGAACAGUAAUGCCACAACAAUGUGAUCUAUAGCAUCCUUUGGUUGUGCUGAUAGCUGGGCAUCAGCUUUGCAUUGUCGUUUUUUUUAUGAAGGGGAUUUUCUGAUGCUGAAUAUGUAAUUAAUUGUCUUGAAGCCCAUGUGGGAGCUGCACAUAGAUUUGACCAUUGUAGUGUACUUUAGUUUUCUGGCACUAAAACGGGACUUUUCUGGGUAAUGAAGGAAGUUUGAAGGUCGUGCAUUUCGGAACGUUUUUGCAUGGUGAUGCCUGGCUGUAUUAUUUAUUUUUUUCAAUUACGUUUUGGUCCUCGUUACGUUCUUCAGGACCACAACCCUAAUUUAAUUUGUCUACUUUUUGGGAUUACCAUGUCCAAAACAGUGUUUCAAAAUGUAUUGGGAUAUGAAUGUGUAUGUUUUAACACACAGAAAUAAUCAUUGACUGUUAACCUUGAGUCAAGAAAUGUUGUUUUGAGUGAUCGUUUAAAAACAUAAUUGUCUUUUUUGAACUUGGCUUGUUUGACUAAACUAUCCUGGUGGCAGAUUUUUGUGGGUAUUUUGGUCUUAAACACGGGUCAUGUUCCAGCAGUCUACACCCAAUGGUUAUGUGCAACGUCAUCGACUGCGCAGUCUAUCAGUUUGCUAUAUAUGUGGGUUGCAGAUAUUAAACACUUAUCCAGGAGUUGAGAUUUGGCAGACAUCUAUAAUGUAGUCAGUCUGGAAGGUGGAAAUUGUUUUGGUGAAGUGCAUUUUAUAUACAAGGCAGAACCCCGCAAUGGCCUGUUUCAAUCUAACCUGGUGCCAAUCUUGACCUUUAACCAUUGAGUGUUAGCUAUUGUUUCCUGAUUGUAUAAUUUUCUAGAUAUUCUGAAUGAUUGGUGUGGUUAUUGGAAGGAGCCCUUGCAGCUCUUGUGUUUUUGGGGUGUGAAAGAUCAGUGGUGUCCAUCAGAUCUCCCCUGUGACAUCUGUGCUGACAUUCUGGUACACUGUGGGCCUUGUGUCAGCUUUUGCUCUUUUUAUUAUUAUUAUUAUUUUUUUCCGUCUGGGUUUUUUUUUUUUUGUGUGUUUUAUUUACAUUUAUUGAUUUAAUUUUUUUUUAUUUCAGCGGGAAAUGUGUUUAAUUCUUUCUGAUUUACUUAAAUCAUGUUAGCCGACAAGUUUCUUACAAACAAAACAGUAUUUCAAUUUUUUUCUUUUCUUCGUUUGGCUGUUCAUUUUUGUUGCUCUAAUAUGAUAUAUGGCAGAAAAGGUCUGUUAUUCGGGUUGACAAAACAAGCAGUUCUAGUACAGAAUUUGAAAUUCACAUUUCCAGGUCAACUUGCCAGAUUGGAAUUCCAUUGCUGUGACAUCAUAAAGAGUGUGCAUUAUUCUGGAA